UAUCCAACACAUGGAGUUACGGACAGCAAUUCUUCAAUCAUUUUCUUCGCUUCUACCACCAAGGUUUGCCGCAGUUAAACCCAGUGCAGAUUUUACUUCUCCCUUCUUAUUCAUUGCAAAUUCACUUCGACCUUCAUGCUUCACUUUUACUUCCAAAGAUCAGCAGCACUCGUUUCCAGCUAAUGCUGUUGCUCGUGACACAAGGGCAGUGCCAAAUUGUAUCAGGGAACGGUUGUCAUGUACUGGUACCUCCAGUGCUGCUUGUUCUUGUGAUGAUCCCAAUGGAAGUGAUGAGAAAAGGGAUGAUAAUGAUGGUACAGGGUUCUUGAAGGAUUACCAAAUGACUAGAGAUUGUGACAAGCUAAUUGAGGCUUUCAUGGUGGACGAGCCUGCAUUGACUGAUUGGAGAAGGUUGUUAGUUUUCAACAUGGAGUGGAGCAAUAUCAGGGUCCAUUUUUUCAGACACUGUCAGGAUAGAGCAGACACUGAAGACAAUCCGCUGAUGAAGAACAAGCUGCUAUGGCUUGGAAGGAAGCUUAAAGAGAUAGAUGAAGAUGUGCAGAGACACAAUGAACUUCUUGAAAUGAUCAAAGGGACUCCAUCUGAUAUCAGUAAAAUUGUUUCCAGGAGUCGUAAAGAUUUCACGAAAGAUUUCUUUGUGCAUCUUCAUAUAGUAGCUGAAUCUUACAACGACAAUCCAAAAGCACAAAAUGAUUUGGUAAAGCUUCGGAACACAUGCUUGGCUGCUGUAAAAGUCUAUGAUGCUGCAACUGAAAGCAUUGAAGCACUAAAUACUACAGAGUUGAACUUUGAAGAUAUUAUCAAUUCUCCUCUGGAUGCUUCCUGCGGGAUAGACAAUUUGGCUGAGCAAAGUCAAUGUUUCAAUCAAGAAUUAGUAGCUCAUUGGUUGCGGUUGUGUUGUAAUGUGGAAGAAGUAGGAAGGGUACACGCAAUUGUCUUGAAAUGUUUUAGAGAUUUAGUUACUUAUGUUGAUAAUAAUUUGAUUUGCAGUUAUUUGAGAUUGGGUAAUUUAGCUCAGGCUCGUAGAGUGUUUGAUGGAAUGUCAAGAAGGAAUACAGUUACAUGGACUGCUAUUAUUGAUGGGUAUUUAAAAUUUAACUUGGAUGAUGAAGCUUUUAAGUUAUUUCAUGAUUCCAUUAAACAUGGAGUUCCAGUGAACUGUAAGAUGUUUGUUUGUGUCUUGAAUUUGUGUGGUAAAAAAGUGGAUUUAGAACUGGGGAAACAAAUCCAUGCUUACAUCUUGAAAAGCAACUGGAGGAAUUUAAUUGUUGACAGUGCAGUUGUUCAUUUUUAUGCAAAAUGUGGUAAGAUAUCAAGUGCAUUUCAAACAUUUGAUCGUAUGGCAGAGCGAGAUGUGGUAUGUUGGACAACUAUGAUUACUGCUUGUUCCCAACAAGGGCUUGGACAUGAUGCCUUGUUGUUGUUGUCUCAAAUGCUAGGUGAUGGGUUCUUUCCUAAUGAAUAUACCAUAUGUGGUGCACUAAAGGCUUGUGGAGAGAAUAAAGCAUUGAAAUUUGGGACUCAGCUGCAUGGUGCCAUAGUAAAGAAAAUCUGCAAGAGUGAUGUUUUUAUAGGAACUUCCCUAGUUGAUAUGUAUGCAAAAUGUGGGGAGAUUGUGAAUUCCAAAAAAGUGUUUGAUAGAAUGAGGAUUAGAAAUACAGCUACUUGGACGUCUAUUAUAUCAGGAUGUGCUCGAAAUGGGUUUGGUGAUGCGGCCAUAAGCUUUUUUCGGUUAAUGAAGAGAAAAAAAGUACAUGUUAACGAAUUGACAAUUGUAAGUGUCUUGAUGGCUUGUGGCACAAUUAAGGCUGCGCUAAUCGGAAGAGAAGUUCACGCACAGAUAAUCAAAAGUUGUAUCCAUUCUAACAUGUACAUAGGAAGCUCUUUGGUAUGGUUCUACAGCAAAUGUAAAGAAUACCCUCGUGCUUUCAAGGUGCUCCAACAUAUGCCUUUUAAGGAUGUUGUUUCAUGGACUGCAAUUAUCUCUGGGUGCACCAGGCUUGGGCUUGAAUCAGAGGCUAUGGAGUUUUUGCAGGAAAUGAUGGAGGAAGGUGUGUUACCUAACUCCUAUACUUACUCAUCAGCUCUGAAAGUGUGUGCAAAUUUAAAAGCUCCAGUGCAAGGAAAAUUGAUUCAUUCCUAUGCAAGCAAGACCCCUGCCUUGUCUAAUGUAUUUGUAAACAGUGCUUUAAUAUGCAUGUAUGGGAAAUGUGGAUUUGUUUCUGACGCUUUUCAAGUUUUUGACAACAUGCCAGAGAGGAAUUUGGUUUCUUGGAAAGUCAUGGUCUUAAGUUAUGCAAAGAAUGGACAUGGUAGAGAGGCUCUGAAGCUCAUGCGUAGAAUGCAAGCUGAAGGUUUUGUGGUGGAUGAUUAUAUCCAUUCAACGGUUCUUACUGCGGUUGGAAACAAUGAGCUUGGAGACACUGAUUGGGAUAUCGAGUCUUCUUCACAUUACUCGCAUUCCUUGUAAUCUUCUGCAAGAUAGGAGCAUCAAUACGCCUGAACAUAGUAACAUAAGUGGAUGUACCUAAUUAGAUGUAUAGCAGCUAAUGGAUAAUGUAUAUUUUGAAUAGAUGAGGAGGAUACAGAAAGGUUUUGAGUAACGGUGUACUAGCAUAUGUCAGUGAUAGCCUUCAUUUGUUGUCUUUGUAUGUACCCUUAAUGUAAAAUACUUAACAUGAUGAAAAAA